CGACAAAGAAGCCGUCCGUGCCCUGGCACUGCUGUCCCCGCCCCACCUCAUUUCCCCACGCCAGGCUUCCAGUUGACGCCCGUCUACGCUCCGAAGGUUAGGCAGCGUCCGCCCUGCAACCUUGCCCUACAUACAUGCCAUGUUUCGCACCACUUCACCAGCUUCAUCCGACCCGUCGUCGUCUAUCUCAACGCUCUUCUCUUGAUUCCUUUGCUGACAUGGCUGAUAGCAGCCCAGAGUCUUCCCAGGACCUGAGCUUCCCUCCAGUUCGGGUCAACCGUUCUCUGGCCAGGCUAGACCUGGACGCCCUCAUUAUGCGUUCCAACCCUCGGCUGCACGCCGAAGAGGCUUCAGGUGCCCUCGACGACAGCACCUACGAUAUGCUGGCGGAGGAUGCGUAUGAGACGUCUGACGACGAGGGCCAUACUGAGUCACUGGCCUCUACCGAUGGCCACACACCCGAUGAUGUGUCAAGCAUCGAUGACACGGAGGAGGAGUUCGACGAUGGUGAUCUUGUCGAUGCAUCGCAGCAGCUGCCCAACCCCCUCGCUGCAUCCUCGAAUGAGCCGUUCGACCCUCAGCCACGGACAAGCCCGGAUGACAGCGUGAUCACUUCGAAGACUGAUACACAGUUCGGCGAGGCUUCGCACAUCCAGAUCGAGGAACACUCUGCAACCGGACAAGACAGCCUGGACGGCUGUGGCAUCUUGCGGGUGUUUGACCAAGCCCUUGGGGUCGAUGUCCUCCAGCCUUACGAUUGCCCCGAUAUUCGAUUCACUGUCAGACUAGCUUUGUCUCAGCGUUUCCUCUCCAUCUCAGAGACGUUCAGGGUGAUGUAUGUGGGAGACUUCCCGGACUGGGCUAAAGACGAGAUCACAGGUCAGAUUGGAGCAGCGCUCGAUGUCAGCUCCCAUUCGUCUCGAUUCAGUGUUGUUCGAAUACACGAAGGAGCGUCUGCCAACAAAGUGCAGCUUGUCGAGUCCCCUAACGUUCUUCUGGACGUAGUUGAUUGCACCCCACUCAAGAUAAUCGAGCGCGCGGGAAAGCCACAUAGCAUCCAGUUGACGCUAAAGGAGGGGAAGCAGCUCGUCUUCGGUCCAAGCAGGGCUCCUCAGCUCCUUGGCGAAUCCAAUGCCUUCCAAGCUCCUGAUCUUGUGGUUCUCUGUCAUUCUGCAUUGCAGCCUGAACCAGAGUCAGAUUCAGAGAUUGAACAGACCAAACAGAUACGCUUUGCUCGCAAGACAUUUAAAGCGCACAACAUUCCCUGUCUCGACAUAGGUAUGGUUUGGCCCUUUCGUAACUGUCCGAAAGCAUUCGCUUUUGACGGUGACAGCCUUCGGCUCUGCGUAGAAGGUCGGCUGGGGUCUGGCCAUGAAUAUCAGAUUCUCGACACUCUUCCCAUUGAUAUCUACGGUUUCCUCCAAAUCGAACCGUCACAGCUGAAUCGGCACUUGGCAUACAUCAGCGGGUCUCAAGGGGAUCCAUAUCCUCGAUCAUUCCUAGCUAAUGCUAAAGGCAAUAUGGCACAAGAGCACCUGACAAAAGAUCAAUCAAGGUGGAGCAUGCGCAACAUUGUCCCCACCUUUGCGAAAGAUGCCCACAGUGCGAAUGAAAGCGAAUGGUGGCAGAAAUUGAAACUGUGUGGAACCGUCCUUGCUCUCAUAGUCAUGUUGGUGGUAUCGUCGAUCGCAUCAGGAUUUUCACUCAUUUCUCCACCCAAUGUCGCUCAGAAGGAAGUUCUUUCAACAGCAUCAACAUCCCAUUCUUUAUGCACCUCAGCACCGGCUACACAGGUCAGUGUUUCUUCUCCAUUGGUUAGCCCCAUACCGGCAGCUACUUCCGUCAUCAAGUCUAUAUCGAGGGAUCUCACAAUAGUGAAUUCGGAAGAAACCCCUUCUAGAAGUCAGCAGGACCGGUCUUCUUCCUUGAAGGAAGCCAACUCGCAGGGCUUCCAGGUUCAGGUCACUGGAGACCACCAAUUCAUGCUUACACCUGUGGGGAAUCUUGUCAACGGAAGGCGGAAACCCCAGAUUCAGAUCCAAGUCGUUCGCCAUUCCCAGAUCGUUCCUGUCCGCAUGACUCGAUCCAACGAUGGCAGCUAUACUGUUGACCUUGAGCGGGAAUAUCCACUAGGCUCUUUCAACGUCAGCAUUGUGGCGAGGCGAAAGCCACUGCUCUACCAAGAUUUUGAGAUCAAGCUCGGAUCCAGCAAGUCCAGGAUAUCCUUCUUGAUUGACAACAUAAACCAUGUGUGCAAGAGCUUGAAGCACGACGUUGCUAUGGCGCAGCACAAUCUGAAAGAUCUAUCAAGCCAAGUUACUAAAGGCUUCCAUGAAGGGAUGGAUCGAUUGGAAGACAGUGCCGCAGCUGCAUUUGGGCAAACAAGGCAUUGGACACAUCGAAUUCAACAUUCAACUCAGAGCGCUGCAGGGCAUCUUCAGGGGGCUUCGAGAGUGGCUUGCCAUCAUUUGAGUGCUGGAGCCAAAGUCACGAAGGACGUCGCGACAUUCAUUCGUCAAAACUUGCAGGGCAGCACCUCUCGCUUUUCAGGAUUGGUGCAGCAAUUACCUGGAGUGCGUAUACCUACUCUUUGGGAGACCACCCGUAGAGUACGUACAUCACGAAACAUUCACAAAGCUCGCAAAAACGCUCUUCGGUUAUGGGAGAAAGCUAAGAAAGCGGAUCGGAAAGCACGGGAACGCUCAGAGAAGGAGAUGGAGAAGCACAAGCGGAUCAUGGAUCGCAAGGGACGCAAACUACGGAUCAAGGCGCAGAAGCUGAGAGACAGGAGCAGGGGUUAGGACUCCUGGCAAGCUCUGAGGUAGAUCUAUCGUCAUCAUUGUCAUCAUGAGAAGGCGUUUGUGAUUGUUUGCCUGAAGGGUCGCAGGGCAUGCGGAGUCCGGGAUGAGAAGCACAUAUUGGCAAAUGACACCGCGAGGAAACACAAUACCCAGGUGCCUUCGGAUUGCACGCUCUUGGUUGCGGUUGUGGCGCUUGGUGACCUAGUUAUAUGAUGGGGAACGAAUGCUUAUAUCUGUGGUAACUGAAUUGUAUUUCGUAAUUACUGCACAUGUGUGCCUUAUA